ACGGCGGGCGCGGAAUCUGUAGUGAAAUAAUGGAGGAGGACCGGAAAAAAAAACCCGCAAUCGACUAGAGAAUAUUUCGGUUGUUACCGCGCAUGCGUUAAACGCAAAACUGCCGGCGCGGCGGCUCAGAGACAAGAUGGCCUCCGUACAGCGCGUCCCGAAUUGAUUUUAUAACGUCGAAAAUAUAUUAGGCUAGCCGCGGAGAACGUUUCGAACCGGCUAUUCAUUUAAGUAAAACCGCGGAGAUAAGACGAAAGCGCGAAUUAAAAUACGUAACAUGAGUUAGCGUUUCAAAGGAAAACCAUAUAUAUUUUAUUUUGCAUAUUAUUUCGGUGUAGUAAAAAAAAAGAAAAUAGUUUUUCAAUGAUCCCCGUGCCCGUGUGAUGUUUAAGUGCCGGCGGUUCCUACGUCUCGGCAGGCGGACGUAAAAAAAACCCAUCCAAAACAUAGCCAUGCUCAAAACAUUCGGACAGAACUGACGUAGCAACAAAUCAUUUGGCUUCCGCAAACGUAUCUUCCUAUAACCGAACUGGUGGCGACGGCAUUUGAUGUUCAAAAGCAGCAAUUGCUUAUAGCGUUUUGUUAGUAAACGACUCGUCGGCAAGAUGGCGUCUUGUGUUGGCGCGAAUUAUUCAAGCGGCAGUGACUACACCCCGGUCGCCGAGUUCUAUGCAGAGAAAUCGGUUUUUGUCACGGGCGGCACCGGCUUCAUGGGGAAGGUCCUUGUCGAGAAACUGCUUAGGAGUUGUCCGAAAAUAAAGAAGAUAUACCUGUUGAUGCGACCGAAGCGAGGACAGGACGUCGCGUCACGACUAACGGAGCUGACCCAGUCACCAUUGUUCGAGACUUUAAGGAAAGAACGACCUCAAGAAUUAAACAAAAUAGUGCCAAUAGUCGGGGACAUCACCGAGCCAGAGCUGGGCAUCAGUCAGACCGAUCAGAUGCUGCUCUGUCAAAUGGUGUCGGUGGUCUUCCACUCGGCUGCGACGGUGAAAUUCGACGAGAAACUGAAGCUGUCCGUCACGAUCAACAUGCUCGGGACCCAGCAGCUCGUCCAGCUCUGCCAUCGUAUGCUCGGUCUUGUGGCUCUCGUUCACGUUUCGACGGCGUACUGCAACUGCGAGAGGGAGAGGGUCGAGGAGACGGUGUACGCGCCGCCGGCCGACCCGGGGCACGUGGUCGCGCUGGUGCAGACCCUGCCCGACGAGCUGGUGGACAGGAUCACGCCGCACCUAGUCGUUCACAGGCCUAACACGUACACUUUCACGAAGGCCCUGGCCGAGGAUAUGCUCAUCAAGGAGAGCGGGAACCUGCCAGUUGCGAUCGUACGACCUUCAAUCGUGCUCUCCUCCGUCCGGGAGCCAGUGAAAGGUUGGGUCGACAACUGGAAUGGUCCUAAUGGCAUCGUCGCCGCUGUGGGGAAGGGCAUCUUCAGAACGAUGCUAGGUUCCGGAGACAAGGUCGCUGAUCUCGUCCCGGUCGAUACCGUUAUCAACCUGAUGAUCGUGUGCGCCUGGAGGACGCAUUUAAGACGGGAUCAAGGCGUCGUAGUUUACAACUGCUGCACCGGCCAACAGAAUCCGAUAACGUGGAAACGUUUUGUAAAAUCAAGCUUCAAAUACAUGCGGAAACAUCCUUUUACUGAAGUAGUUUGGUACCCUGGCGGCGACAUCACCAGCAACAGGCUGAAGCACAACGUGCUGACACUGAUGCAGCAUCGGGCACCGGCUGUGCUCAUGGACCUGGUCUCCAGGACCACUGGCAACAAGCCCAUGAUGGUCAGGGUUCAAAAUAAGUUGGAGAAGGCGGCCGCCUGUCUGGAGUACUUCACCACGCGCCAGUGGUCGUUUGCGGACGACAACGUGCAGGCGCUCUGCUUGCUCCUGUCCCCCGAAGACAGGAGGACCUUCGACUUCGACGUGAAGAACAUCGACUGGGACGCUUACAUCGAGUCCUACGUGCUCGGGAUCAGGAGGUUCUUGUUCAAAGAGAGCCCCGAGACGCUGCCCAAGUCCCGGUCGCUAUUGAAGAGAUUACACAUAAUCCAUAUACUAACUCAAGUAGUGGCCGUGUUCUUCAUGUGGAGAUUCCUGUUCUCCCGCUCGGAGGUCCUGCGCGGACUGUGGCGGCGCAUCGUGGACCUGCUGACUCGCGCAGCCCGCCUCCUCGCCAUAGCCUGAUGCUCAACGCCGGUAUAUAUACUAAAUAACUGACAGCGCCCAUUUUUUAUAUUAGGAAUGCUUCCGUAAUCGCUACAAAUCUACCUACGUGUGACCGGUGUGCGUCAGGUUCGAAGAGUUCAGACCGAUGACUGAUUCCGCGUGCAAUGCUCAAGACGAGAACGUUUCAGGCUUUAAAACUGAACGGAACGAUGUCCGUCACUCGUGCGCUGACGUCCGCACUACAAUGGAUAAAAAAGGAUUCGAAAAAAAUCUGUACAUAAAAAUUGCAGUUGAAAAGUUCGGCGAAACCGUCUUUGGGCUUUUCGUGUGACAAUUAAACGACAGUAUGUUUAUUAUAAAUAUAGCAAGCAAUACCUACCAUCAUGGACACGAAAAUUCGGACGGUGUUCAUUUAGUAAAUGUAACCCAAAGUACAAUUAAUGCUAAAGCAAUUGAUGUUCUUACAGUAAUUAUCGAAGCAGAAUCAAGAAAAGUCGUUGUCAUGUGUGACACCAAUAGAGAUAUUAAUAUAAACGAAACGGCUUAUGAGAUGUUAAAAUAGACAUAUUUUAAUCGCGAAAUCGUGAAAAAACGGGUUGAGAAAUCUGUGUUUUUUUUUGUCUCGCUUCUUGCGUCCUUUGUGUGUGAAUAGAAACGUCAAGAACGAUGUUACUUUGUUAUUUGUAUCCAAUAAUUAUUUCCAUAACGCUAGGCUGUUCACAAUAUUUAUUAUAGGUUCCGUUAUCGAUCGGUAAAUGUAAUUAAUAGUUAUUUCACAUUUUGUACCUUCGUGAAAGCUUGACGAGGUUGUGUGCGUCUUCGCGUACACAGACGGACCGACAAAGAAACUUGACUCGGUACUGUCGUUGUUGUAUUAAUUAGUUAAAUUAAUUGGAGGAUGGUGUUGUUUUGCGUGAAAACGUCCCGAAGUUCGAUCGCUUAAACAACAUUCGUGACUCGAAAACGUGAAAAGCUCAAAAAAAUAUAUAGAGAUACACACUAGUCAUCUACUUUGUAAAGAAAUAAUAUUUAAAGUAAAAAAAAAAUGUAUAUUGAAUUGCAUAGGUAUCCAAGUAAUGAUUAAAGUUUUAAUGAAAGUUUUCAAUUGUUAUAACAAUUUUUAGGUUCUUUUUUCUUUCGGGUCUGCUAUUUCGUAUCAAGCAAAAAGGAAACAAUGUUUUUAAGCAAUGUUAACUCUAUUUCAUGGUUUCUUAUUUUAAAAAACGCAUGCGUGCGAAACCUCUCCACGCACUAGAUCAUUGUGGAGAUCGACUUUAUAAGAUAGGAAUAGCAGACUUUGAUAAUAUACAAAAGGUGUGGUGAGGCGGUAGGUAGCGGCUAGGAAUGUAGUUUUGCAGUAAUGAAUUAAAAAAUGAAACAAACAUUAAAAUUUUUAAGAAAGCGCUUCCCAAAUUGGGGAUAGAAAUAUUAUACAUCACAGUUUUUUGCGUUUGUUCUUCGGGGAUUAUAUCAUAUUCACAUUUAAAUGUUUCAAAAGGCUUAAAGAUUUACUAUUUUUUAGUUCCGGGUAAAUUCUACCAUAACGUACAAUCGUUGUAGCUCUACGUUAAUGUCAAAAAAAAGUCAAAUAUUUUGCGUAAUACGUAAAUCUUGCAUACGGUUAUUAUCAGAUAAAAUUACAUUUUUAAAACUCAAUCGUAAAUUGAACAAUAACUUUUAUAGUUUCGGAAAAUAUACGAAUAUCACCAGUGUCAAGUUAUGUAUGUUAUAUACAUAUGGAUUUUAAGUUUAAAUAUUAUUCGAAUCGUUUUUGGUUUAUAUAGACGAUUUUGUAAUUAUAUCAUGAAAUUGAAUUGAAUGAAUCCAUAAUUCAAGGUUACAUUUAUAUUCAUUCCAUAAAUACGUUAUCCUAAACUAUUUAUUCAUCAUACAUUUCGUACUAGAGUUUUUUUAAACUUUAUUUAACUUCCUCGAUCCUUAAUAUUUGCUCUUCCAUUUUUCCUAUCGACGAGUUGAAAACUUAAAAACUUUCCAUACAAUUACAACUACGCUUCCUUGAUAAUGUUUAAAUAUAAUUAGUCAUAUUUUGUUGGAAAGUGUUAAAGCUACGAAACUAAACGCUGGCGUUGCAAAAUAAUAUAGAAUAUCGGAAAUAACUCUGAGUCUGAUUGCUUAGUCUUAAAUGCCAAACAAACUUUAAAAGCAUAUUUUCCCAUAUUAUCCAUGUUUUUUAGUAUUAAAUAAUCAUGAAAAAUUUGGUGUAAAAUUUAUUUGAUCUCAAUGAUACCUAUUCCAAUGACCAAGGUUUUUU